UUUGAACAGGAUGGCAUCUCAGAUCGUUGUGUUUUAUCUGACAUGUCUGUUCACGGGGAAAAUGGCUCAGGUGACUGAUCUGCGACAGUCCUCAUCAGAUCGUCAAAAAAGUGGAUUAAUUUCAGCAAAUAUAGGCGACAGUGUAUCUUUACAAUGUUUUUUUCUGUCUGGAGGAUGGCUUCACUGGUAUAAGCAAACUGUAGGACAGAUGCCACGACUUAUAUCUACCUUCUAUUCCUACGAUCCAGCUGGUGUUUUUGACAGUGAAUUCCAGAACAACCCACGCUUCACACUGGACACUACAAAAGAACACUGCCACUUGAACAUCUCAGAUUUACGUGUUUCAGACUCAGCUACCUACUUCUGCAUAAAUAGUCAAUCAAGCAAAGUUACAUUCUUGGAGAGCAUUACUGUUAAUGUAAAGGCUUCAGAUUUUAACAUCCAGACUUCGGUCCAUCAGUCUGAAUCUGAGAGCGUCCAUCCAGGAGACUCUGUGACUCUGAACUGUACGGUUCAUACUGGGACCUGUGAUGGAGAACACAGUGUUUACUGGUUCAAAAAGUCUGAAGACCCUCAACCAGGAAUCAUCUACACCCACGGAGGCACAAAUGACCAGUGUGAGAAGAAAAAUGACACUCAAACCCACACCUGUGUGUACAACCUGCCCAUUCUGGAUGUGGAUUAUCCUCAUGCUGGGACCUACUACUGUGCUGUUGUCUCAUGUGGACAUGUACUGUUUGGAAACGGGACCACACUGAACUUUAAGUGUGAUGCAGUCUCCGUGUAUUACUGGAGUGGAGCUGUGGUGUUCGCCGUCCUGAUAAUUUUACUGGGUUUUUUACUGUACAAGAUGAAAAAGAGGAGCGUCUCAGAGUCAGAAGAGUCUCAAGCAAGAUUGUCAGCUCCUUCUACAACAAACAUAGAGGAUGUGGAAAGCCCCCACUAUGCUGCUUUGACUAUAAACGUCCCCAAUACAUCUCGACGACAAAGGAACAACGCCAAGAAUGAAUGCAUGUACUCCACUGUGAAGAUGUAGAAUGGCUCUAAAAUCAGAUUAUUAUACUUUUCAUUCUUUCUGACAAACCAGAGAACCAUCUGCUGUGGGCGACUCUUCUUAUUAAGAUGGAGGACUGAAUUUCUUUCACAGUUUAUCUGUAUAUAUGAUUAUAUACUGUGUAGAUGUGACGUAUACAGUCACAGAAAAAAUAUCAGACCAUCAAAAUUCAUCAAAAACAAUGGUUAUGCAAACAAGGACUAACUCCUGUGUGUAUCGUGACUAAAACAGACAGAA